AUGGAAGCUCGUAACCUCGAUCACAGAAGAAACAAUUUCAAAGGAAAAGCUUCUUUCUCAGCGCAAGAGCUCCGACGACGAAGAGAGGAACAACAAGUUGAAAUUAGAAAGCAAAAGCGAGAAGAAUCAAUUGCCAAGAGACGUAAUCUGCAACCGGUUUCAGGCGAUGAUGGGAUUGAAUCGGAUGAUGAUACCGGAGUUGAUGUUGGUUCACUCGCCGAUACUCUUCCAGGAAUGCUCCAAGCAGUCUACAGUGAUGACCAAGAAGCUCAACUGGAUGCUACAACAAAGUUCAGGAAGCUUUUGUCCAAAGAGAAGAACCCACCUAUAGACAGAGUCAUUCAAUGCGGCGUGAUCCCUCGAUUUGUAGAGUUUUUGACAAGUAACAACACCAUGAUCCAGUUCGAAGCUGCUUGGGCUUUGACCAACAUCGCAUCUGGAACCUCUGAACACACCCAAGUCGUCAUUCAAGCCGGUGCUGUCCCGUACUUCAUUCGCCUUCUUUCCUCCAGCGUUCUCGAUGUCAGAGAACAAGCUGUCUGGGCUCUCGGUAAUAUCGCUGGUGAUUCUCCCAAAUGUCGAGAUCAUGUUCUUCAUCAAGGUGCUCUUCAACCUCUUCUCAUGCUCCUUAAUGAGAACCACAAGCUUUCAAUGCUUAGAAACGCUACUUGGACAUUGAGUAAUUUCUGCCGAGGAAAGAGCCCUCAACCGGAGUGGGAACUCAUCUCUCCCGCCCUUACCGUCCUCACCAAGCUCAUCUACUCCCUUGAUGAUGAGGUCCUCAUUGAUGCAUGCUGGGCUAUCUCGUACCUUUCCGACGGUUCCAAUGAGAAGAUCCAAGCUGUGAUCGAGAGUGGUGUCUGCAGACGAUUGGUAGAUUUGCUCAUGCACCCCUCUACUGCCGUCCAGACCCCUGCUCUUCGUUCAGUCGGUAACAUUGUUACUGGUGAUGACCUCCAAACUCAAGUUGUUAUCUCUUCGGGAGCUCUCCCUGCCCUCCUUAGCUUGCUUUCGUCACCAAAAGAAGGCAUUAGGAAAGAAGCAUGUUGGACCAUCUCAAAUAUCACUGCUGGCUCUCCCAUGCAGAUUCAGGCAAUCAUCGAUGCCAACAUUGUUCCUCCCCUUGUCAAUAUCCUGGCUAAUGCAGACUUCAAGACAAAGAAAGAAGCUUGUUGGGCAAUCUCUAAUGCGACAUCAGGUGGUCUUCAAGAGCCUAAUCAAAUUCGAUACCUCGUUACUCAAGGCUGUAUCAAACCAAUGUGUGACCUCCUCACCUCUAUGGACAACAAAAUCAUACAAGUGGCUCUCGACGGUCUUGAGAACAUCUUAAAGGUCGGUGAAGUUGAUAAGGAAGCCCAGGGUCCCGGUGGCGUCAACAAAUAUGCUCAGUACAUUGAAGAAGCUGGUGGUAUGGUCAACAUCCACAACUUGCAACAUCACGAGAACUUGGAUAUCUACAAGAAAUGUUUCUACAUUAUGGAUAAAUUCUUCCCCGAUGAGGACGAAGAAGAAGCCGAUGCUGCUGCUCCCUCUGUUGAUGCUUCAGGUCAAUAUGCCUUCCAAUCAGAUGUCGCCGCACCUCAAGGUGGCUUCAACUUUGGCCAGUAA